AUGGUCUGGUUUGCCUGUCGAACACCAGCUCGGGGAAGGAGAGCAAGCACCUGUUUCGCUGGAGCCUCGUGGCUCGAAUGCGGGACCACGGAUCGUAUGCAGGCUGGCCCAAUGGCUUCAAACUGGUACAAGGGAGGGGUUGAUGGCCACGAACCGUCGUUGGGCGAUUGUGCGGCUCAUGUGCUAGAGGUAGGAAGGGUGGUGUUGACAGACAGUAGUACCACAAAAGAUGGAGGGGGUGAGUGGAACGUUGGCGAAGAGGAUGCAAGGCAAAAAGUUGAUCGAGACGAAAUCGCAGACCCUUCUAAAGCUUGA